AUGUCUACCGUGGGCAAGACCAUCACCUGUAAGGCCGCCGUCGCCUGGGAGGCCGGCAAGCCUCUGUCCAUUGAGGACAUUGAAGUUGCUCCUCCCAAGGCCAACGAGGUCCGUAUCCAGGUCUACUACACUGGUGUUUGCCACACAGAUGCCUACACUCUCUCCGGUAAGGACCCUGAGGGUGCUUUCCCCAUUGUCCUCGGACACGAGGGUGCUGGUAUUGUUGAGUCCGUUGGUGAGGGUGUCACCAACGUCAAGCCUGGUGACCACGUUGUUGCCCUUUACACCCCCGAAUGCAAGGAGUGCAAGUUCUGCAAGUCCGGAAAGACCAAUCUCUGCGGCAAGAUCCGAGCCACUCAGGGCAAGGGUCUGAUGCCCGAUGGUACCUCUCGAUUCAAGUGCAAGGGCAAGGAUCUGCUUCACUUCAUGGGCACUUCCACCUUCUCUCAGUACACCGUCGUCGCCGACAUCUCCGUAGUCGCCAUCGAGCAUGAUGCUCCUAUGGACCGAACCUGCCUGCUUGGCUGCGGUAUCACCACUGGAUAUGGUGCUGCUACCAUUACAGCCAACGUUCAGGAGGGUGACAACGUGGCCGUCUUCGGUGCCGGAUGUGUCGGUCUUUCAGUCGUCCAGGGUGCCGCUGCCCGUAAAGCUGGCAAGAUCAUUGUUGUUGAUGUCAACCCCUCCAAGAAGGCCUGGGGUGACAAGUUCGGUGCUACUCACUUCGUGAACCCCACCGAGCUCGGUGACCAAUCCAUCCAAGACAAGCUCAUUGAGAUGACUGACGGCGGUUGUGACUACACCUUCGACUGCACUGGCAACGUCGGUGUCAUGCGUGCUGCCCUCGAGGCUUGUCACAAGGGUUGGGGUGAGAGCAUUGUCAUCGGUGUUGCUGCAGCCGGUCAGGAAAUUUCCACUCGACCAUUCCAACUUGUUACCGGCCGAGUGUGGCGAGGAUGCGCAUUCGGUGGUGUUAAGGGCCGCUCUCAGCUGAACGACCUGGUCGCCGACUACAAGAAGGGCGAUCUCAAGGUCGACGAGUUCAUCACCCACCGCAAGACUCUCGGCGAGAUCAACAACGCCUUCGAGACGAUGAAGCAGGGUGACUGUAUCCGUGCCGUCGUCGAUAUGCAAAAGCUUGAGCCUAAGAUUUAA